CCCGGCGGUCUCAUUCUAGCCUAGCAAGUUGUCGGCACGCAUUAAAUCCUCAUUUAAUUUAUCAUCAACCGUGCUUAAACUUAUCCAGCCGGAUUUCCCUCAAAAUGUCCCAGGUUAACGGAGCUCUUGGACGUACAUUUUGCGAGAAAUACAACUUACUCUUCUUCCCUGGAAAUGGCUCGGCUAGCACCUUCGUAAUGGCAGAGAAAAGUGAGGAAUUGGCCGAUCAUCUAAGCCGUGGGAGGCCAUCAAAUAUCCACCGUCCGACUACAUAUCCAUGUACUGUCGUCAACCCUGGAAACUCGCAGAAAGUGAAGAUCCAGCCUCUCAUUGGAACAUCCGACGAUGGUGUAUAUCUGAAUCCUGCUGAUAUCCACAAGCUGGGCCUCGGCGAUACAGGACAGACGGUUGCCACUCGUCAUGGGCCAUGUAAAGUUUAUUCCGGUGUAUCAUUCUUUUUUGAGAACGAUCACAAUGGCGGUACAAUUCGCUACCACGUACCACAUAUCCUUUGCCUGGAAGGAGACACAGCCUACUCCGAUGCAACUUUUAACACCAAAAAGGAAGGAAUCAUCGGACUGCCACGGAUUGACAACCACCUUAUCUUCAUACAUCUCAUGCAUGUCCACGUCAUCGACCUCUCCAUCGUCCCGUCUUUCCAGCAAUACCUCACACAUAUGAUCCCCCUCACGGCCAUCAAAUUUGAUAGGAACGUCCGCGCACAUCUACCCCCACCUGGGACUUGCAUCGCCGACUUCUCCGCCGUCUACGACGCGGCACGAAAACAUCGAGCACCUCCAUAUCGCGUCCUUCUGCAAGACAUGUCUGUUCCUCUACUUCGUUACCGAGACGAAUGCAGGACGUGUCGGAAGCGAGAGAAUCCCCAGGAUGGUAUCAAGCUACGAAUUUGUUCACGGUGCACGAAGGAGGGCAGGAAGGCCCGCGCUCUGUAUUGUGGAGAGGCGUGUCAGAGGGCGGAUUGGAAGAAACAUAAGGCGGAACAUGCGGGUACGCAACCGUGGGAUAUCCAGAACACCUAUCCUGAUAUGGUUGUUGUUCCGCCACCGGAAGAGAGGCAUCAGUGAUAUGAGCAGAAGGUAUACUUCUCUGGUAUUUCUACAUACCAAGCUGUAUCCAUUUAUGAUUCCUCUAUCCAGUUUCCACUACACUGCUCACCGAAUGCUAAUAGCCUCGCAAAAACAUCCAUGCUAGGUAGACUAAAGGGAGUAAACAGCAAGUUCUGUAUCGCUUCCGACUCCGUGGC